AUGUCAUUUUCGGACUCGGACGUCUCUUCUCAUGGCGGAGACUACAAGAAUUUCCGCCAAAUCAGCCGCGACCGGCUAUUGCAUGAGAUGCUUCGGUCAUCCAAAUCAGAGGAUUCAAGGUCAUCAUGGAAGGUACUCAUCAUGGAUAAAGUUACAGUCAAGGUCAUGUCUAUGUCAUGCAAAAUGGCAGACAUUACUGAUCAAGGAGUUUCAUUGGUGGAGGACAUUUUUAGGCGAAGACAACCUUUGCCAUCCAUGGAUGCCAUAUAUUUCAUUCAACCUACAAAAGAGAAUGUCGUCAUGUUCUUGUCUGACAUGUCCGGAAGAGAACCUUUGUACAAAAAAGCAUACGUAUACUUUAGUUCAACUGUAUCGAAGGAUUUGCUUGCUCGUAUCAAGAAUGAUACUAGUGUGCUACCACGUAUAGGUGCAUUGAGUGAGAUGAAUUUGGAGUAUUUUCCUAUAGACACUCAGGGAUUCAUCACUGAUCAUGAAAGAGCGCUUGAAGAUCUUUAUGGUGAAAAUGCUGAAAAUUCUCGAAGAUUUGAUGUUUGCUUGCAUGCUAUGGCUACUCGAAUUGCUACGGUUUUUGCUUCGUUAAAGGAAUUCCCUUUUGUCCGAUAUCGUGCUUCCAAGGGUCUUGAUUCAUCUACGGUAGUAUCUCCUCGUGAGUUACUUCCCACAAAGCUGGCGGCUGCUAUUUGGAACUCUAUCACAACUUACAAGGCUUCGAUUCCUAACUUUCCCCAAACAGAGACAUGUGAACUGCUUAUUUUGGACAGAUCUAUUGACCAGAUUGCUCCUGUCAUUCAUGAAUGGACUUAUGAUUCUAUGUGUCAUGAUCUACUUGACUUGGACGGAAACAAAUACGUGUACGAGGUUCCUAGUAAAUCUGGUGGCAAACCUGAGAAAAAGGAAGCUCUUUUGGAGGAUCAUGAUCCUAUCUGGCUUGAGUUACGCCAUGCUCAUAUAGCAGAUGCUAGUGAACGGUUGCAUGAGAAGAUGACAAAUUUUGUUUCAAAGAACAAAGCUGCACAAUUACAACAGAGGGAUGGUAGUGAAUUAUCUACAAGGGACUUGCAGAAAAUGGUUCAAGCUUUACCACAAUAUAAUGAACAAAUGGAGAAACUCACUCUACAUGUUGAGAUCGCUGGAAAAAUUAACAGAAUUAUUAGAGAUUUGGCGCUUCGGGAACUUGGCCAACUGGAGCAGGACUUAGUUUUUGGAGAUGCAGGAACUAAGGAAGUCAUCAAUUUUUUUAGGUCAAAGCAGGAUGCAUCAAAUGAAAAUAAGCUGCGCCUGAUGAUGAUAUAUGCAUCUGUGUAUCCUGAAAAGUUUGAGGGUGACAAGGCAUCAAAGCUUAUGCAGCUGGCAAAACUAUCUGUUGAAGAUAUGAAAGCAGUUAAAAAUAUGAAAUUGAUUGAAGGAUCAGAAAAUAGAAAGACAUCUGGGGGUUUCUCACUGAAAUUUGAUUCAAAGAGGAAGCAUGCAGCAAGAAAGGAUCGAACUGGAGAGGAAGAAACGUGGCAACUAUUCCGGUUUUAUCCCAUGUUAGAGGAGUUGCUUGAAAAGUUGAGUAAAGGUGAAUUGCCAAAGGAUGAAUAUCAAUGCAUUAAUGAACCAAGUCCAAGUGAAACUAGCGAUCAGGGAAAUGGUUCCUCACAUGGUAGAUCGACAAGGACUGGUCAAUCAUCCGGCCCGCACUCAAUGAGAUCAAGGCGUACUGCAACAUGGGCACGACCUCGCCUUUCUGAUGACGGAUAUUCAAGUGAUUCCUCACUGAGAAAUGCAUUGGAUUUCAAGAAAAUGGGACAGCGGAUAUAUGUGUUCAUAAUUGGUGGAGCAACUCGAUCGGAACUUAGGGUUUGUCACAAACUUACAUCAAAAUUGAGGAGGGAAGUUGUUCUUGGUUCAACUAGUAUUGAUGACCCACCAGUGUACCUGACGAAGCUUAAGUUGCUCUCGGAGACAGAGCUGUCAAUUGAUAGCAUUAGAAUUUAGCCCAAUGGCCCUCAGCAUGUUUGUUGUACACUA